AACACACACGAUCACGACGACCAAACGAAACGCACGAAUUGAUGAUGAAACGAUCGGGCCCGCCGCACUGGAUUUGUCAAGUCUCGGAAUAGAAUACCUACACAUCAAAAAAAGUGCCGUAUUGCUGUUUUCUCAAAAGAGAGAUAUAUAGCUUGACCAGGGGUUUGUUUGGUCCGGGAACAGUGGACGGGUUUUAAAACUCUGGAGCUUCCCCGCCGCCGCCACCGAAAGCCGCCAUCUUUGCCGUUGCCGCUGCCCGCUGCCCGCUGCCGUUGCCGCUGCCCGCUCUUCGCCGCUUGCGCCGCCGCCCCGCCGCCUCUGCCGCAAACCUAAAAACACCGCAAAACAAAGACCACCCGGGGGGGUGUGAGAGGAGAAAAUACCGACACCAUGGACGACUACAUGUUCCAGUCCUACGUCAAGGAGUGCAAAUGCGUCACGGAAGCCACGGGCUUCCUCGAGAUCUUCAACUAUUCGGAUCCCUCGCUCAACUCGGUCGAGGAGCAUCGGUUCCGCUUCGAUGAGUUGCCCGACGAGUUCGCAAACUUUCUACACCGACGUGGUGCCUUUGCGCCGCUCAAGCUCAAGGAUGGCGUCAAGCUCGUCGGUGGGCUGCGGUUAAUACUCCAGCUCAAUGCCAAACACCCAGACACCUUCUCGCCUCACCACAUCUCUCUGACGCAUCAAGCCUACGAGGAGAUGGUCCGGGGCUUGCGCCUGCCCUUCCGCUCCAUCGAAGGCACCAGCGUUGUCGGCCCUUUCUUCUGGUCCUCAUUCGACCAAGACGAUGAAGAUCCGCAUCUGCAGGUGAUAUUCCGCAAGUCGGACGUGCGCAAGAGAGGGCUGACACGGGGCUGGGAGCUGAUGCUGUCGCACUCGUUCAGGACAGGAAUCACGACGGGCUACGCCAAGGGCACCGCGUCGUCUGACAUGGUGGAGAGCAUGAAGCACCUCAAGGCCUGCGCCAACCAGAUAAUGCACCCGCUGCUGCUGCCCAUCAUCAUCCUCAGCCACGACCUGUCGUCGUCCAACGACCAGAAGCAGCGCGACGCGCGCGAGUGGCUGCGCCUGCUUGAGCACGCCGUCAGCAUGCGCAACGAGGUGCUCGAGGAGGAGAGCCGCUACAUCAAGGAGUCCAUGGUCGACCUCGACCAGAUCAACCGCGACCUCGUCGAGUGCCACUCGCAGGUGCUGUGGAAGCGGCCCCAGGCCUACCAGGAGAUCAUCUCCAGCAUCGGCCGCACCAUGGACGAGUUCUGGGCCCUUGCUAAGGACGACGACGCCUACGGCGGCAAGGGCGGCGAGGUCGACAAGCUGCACCGCAGCAUGCUCGCCCGCCUCGAGUUCUACAGGGCCAAGCUAAAGGGCAUCGAGAACUAUGCCCACAUUACGCUGAAGCGGCUUACCAUCCAGCGGGCUGCGCUGUACAACAUCAUCGCGCAAAAGGAAUCCAAGCUGGGCCUGCAGAUGGCCGGAGAGCAGCGGCGGCUAGCGCACGCGUCGAAGCGCGACAGCACGUCGAUGAAGACGCUCUCGCUGCUCGGCGCCAUCUUCCUGCCCGCCACGUACCUGGCGUCCGUGUUCAGCAUGACCUUCUUCAACUUCCAGAACGGCCUCGUCGGGCCCGACCCCAGCCCGCAGACGCUCACCACGGACACGGGCGGCACCCAACCCGUCGUGGCCCCACAGCUGUGGAUCUACUUCGUCAUCACCAUCCCGCUGACGCUCGCCAUCGUGCUCACCUGGCGCUGGUGGGACCGCCGCCGCGAGGCCCGCUACGCCCUCGAGGACGCCGACAUCGAGCUCGGCAUCGAGAAGAUGGAGGCCCAGAUCAUGGCCACCAUGCGCAAGCGCACCCUCAGCAAGGUGCGCACGUGGGAUGCCGGCAAGUGAACGAGGCUUUUACGAGUGCACGUUUAUUCAAAAAGAGAACAGUAUUAUUGGGGAGCGAAUAAGAAGAAUAU